AUGCUUUCCGUUCCAGCUAAAGUCUGCGGGCUCAUCAGGCUCACCCUCACUGGUCCAGUGUGGCCAAUUAUUGAACCCAUGGUCAGCCUUCAUGGUGCGCUUGUUCUUCUCUAUGUCCUCAUGAUCCGAAGAGAGAUCAACGACGUCAAUAUGAUGAACCUCUGGGUUAUCAGCGUCGGUAAGAUACUCAGAGAGGCGGGAUGUGCGCUCAGUCUUUCGCUUCUUGUUGCGGAAGGCGGGCAGAUCAGCAGGAAGAGACUCCAUGAGGGUCUUCUCGCGGCCAAGGUACUCCUUGACGCUACCCAGGUUUUCCAGAGAAGCAACAAUUUGAUCCUCAAUUUGAGUGUUCUCGUGUAUCCAAGCACGCUUAUUCUGGACUGGGGUCUUGCGAGUCAGGAUCUUUUCCUUGUGGGCAGCGAGCAUGCUCUCGCCAAUGCGGCGGGACUUGUUCAUCUUGCUUUGGACGGUGCGUGGGGUGGCACUGCCUCCGUAGAGCUCAGCGAUCAGGUCGAAGUCCAGCUUUUAUUUGUUACUGUCAGCACGUGCUCCCAGCUUGUGAAAAUGCCACCCUUUUACUGGAAGUGUAGACUUACCUGA